UGUGUAGUAUGCAGCGAUCCAAGACCUUUAGGGGACUUUCCCGUACGUGCAUCACGCUGCAAUCAUCCUUCGCAAACCUGUCGCGACUGUUUCGAGACAUGGAUAGCAUCGAGCAUGGAAAGCAAUGGCCAUGAUCGCAUCACUUGCGCCCAAUGUCCCGAAAAGCUGGAAUACAAUGAGAUCCAGAAUCUUGCUUCCGCGGAGACAUUUGCCAGAUUUGACGCCCUAACCACCCGCGCUGCCCUCUCCGCAAUCCCAAAAUUCCUCUGGUGCCCCUCCCCCAAUUGUGCAUCUGGCCAAGUCCACCACGGGCGUCCAGAGCACUUCCCCCUCUUCACCUGUGUCGCGUGCAAGCACAGCUUCUGCACUAACCACCCCGAGUCCCCGGACCCCAUCCCUUCACACCCCAACGAGUCGUGCGAAGCGUACAACAUCCGCAUCGCCAUGUCCCGACGCACUCGCGAGCGGCUCGCACAAGACCGGGAGAGCGAGCGGAUGCUCCAAAAGCUUGCGAAGCGCUGUCCCGGGCCAGACUGCGGGUGGUGGAUCGAGAAGAAAGCUGGCUGUGAUCAUAUGACUUGCUCGCGGUGUAGGUGGGAGUUCUGCUGGCUGUGCAAGGCGGACUAUGUGCGGAUUCGGAAGAGGGGGAAUACAGAGCACAAGAAGGAUUGCAGGUAUUAUGGUAGAUAGGGAUGAACGUGCUGUUUAGAGCGGUUCAGAAGAGCAAUGUUGUGGAUUACUCUUGGCUAAUCAAAUGCUAGCUAGCUGGGCUACUCCUGACGGUAGUAAAGGGCGAGCAAAACUCACACGU